AAACUACUCAGGGGCGGGGUUUCCGGCGGGCUCGUGUGAUUACGUUGCACAGUAGGCGUUUAAUUCAUGUUCCGCUGCGCAUACCUGAUUUCGUGAAUAACAUUAUACAAGUUGGAGGUAGUUUUAAUUGUGAAAUGUCUAGCCGCAGUCGACUGACAAAGAUGACGGAAAGCUCCGCGAACAAGCUGCUAAACGGAGACGCCUGUAACCGGACCAUAAAUGAAAAAAAAUCGAGCAAAAAUGGCUUCGUGAAGAGCCACUGCCUGUUCCAACAACCACAUAAGUAUCGCCGCACCGUGGAGAAGAACCAAAAUGUCACACCCAGCUCUAGCCUGUACAAGAAGCCCUUUGUGGAGUCGUUUGAGGAGACUCCUCUCCUGGUAGCUGUGCUCACCUACAUGGGUUACGGCAUCCUCACCAUCUUUGGCUACCUCCGAGACUUCCUUCGCCACUGGAAUAUUGAGAAGUGCCAUGUGGCACAGGAGAGAGAGGAACAGAAGGACUUUGUUCCACUGUAUCAGGAUUUUGAGAACUUUUACACCAGGAACUUAUACAUGAGGAUUCGAGACAACUGGAACCGACCCAUCUGUAGCGUCCCUGGUGCCAAGAUAGAUCUGGUGGACAGAGUUUCCCACAACUACAAUUGGACCUUUGAGCACACAGGCAAAGUGGUGAAGGAUGUCAUCAACUUGGGGUCAUACAACUACCUUGGUUUUGCUGAGAACACUGGGGCGUGUGUCGAUGCUUCUAUUGAGGUCACACAAAAGUAUGGAGUUGGAGUGGGAAGCACUCGCUGUGAGAUGGGGAACAUGGAUAUCCAUGAGGAGCUGGAGCAGUUGGUAGCCAGGUUCUUGGGUGUUGAGUCAGCAAUGACUUUUGGCAUGGGCUUCGCAACCAACUCCAUGAACAUUCCUGUUCUCACUGGAAAGGGCUGUCUUAUCCUGAGUGACGAGCUGAAUCAUGCAUCGCUGGUGCUGGGUGUUCGCCUCUCUGGCUCCACAAUCCGGGUCUUCAAACACAACAACAUGCAAAGUCUAGAGAAGAUGCUGAGAGAUGCUAUCGUACACGGCCAGCCAAGAACUCACCGACCCUGGAAGAAAAUCCUCAUUGUGGUCGAGGGCAUAUACAGUAUGGAGGGGUCCAUUGUGCGUCUGCCAGAGAUAAUUGCUCUGAAGAAACGCUAUAAGGCCUACCUGUACCUCGAUGAGGCCCAUAGUAUCGGGGCCCUGGGGCCUAAUGGCAGAGGAGUGGUGGACUACUUUGACCUGGAUUCCAAAGAUGUCGACAUCAUGAUGGGAACAUUCACUAAGAGCUUUGGUGCUAGUGGAGGAUACAUCGGAGGCAAAAAGGAGCUAAUUGACUACCUGCGGCACCACUCUCACAGCGCCCUGUAUGCCACUUCCAUGCCCCCUCCUGUGGUCCAGCAGAUAAUCACCUCUAUGAAGAUCAUCAUGGGAGAAGACGGGACCACACUGGGUGCUGAUCGCAUCAGACAACUAUCAGAGAACACCACUUACUUCCGCAGGAAACUCCACGACAUGGGCUUCAUCAUAUACGGAAAUGACCACUCGCCCGUUGUACCCAUGAUGCUCUAUAUGCCCGCCAAAAUUGGGGCCUUUGGUCGAGAGAUGUUGAAGAGGAACAUUGGCACAGUGGUUGUUGGUUUCCCAGCGACACCCAUCAUCGAGUCCAGAGCACGUUUCUGCCUUUCAGCUCUUCACACCAGAGAGAUGCUUGACACAGCGUUGCAGGCCAUCAGUGAAGUGGGUGAACUGCUGCAGCUGAAGUACUCCAGACAUCAGCAGCCUCAUCCCUCACUGGAGUGGACAUCUGAGGACAGCCAGCUGCAGGACUGAGCCACAUCACCCCUACCCUGCCAUAUCUAGCCCUUUCCCCCAACUCACUGUCCCUCCUUUACCUUUUCUUGUCCAUCCCUCUCUUUCUUUUAAGCUACUCUCCACCCUACUUUUCUACACAUCAGACUCCUGUGGACUCAAAAGUACCAAAGUCUUCACCCUGGUCCACUUGGUUUUUGAAACUUGCCCACUAGUGUCACUCAUCAGUUUAUGCGCACUCUAUGAUCCAUCCAGUUCAUUCACCAAUAGCCAGGGAGGACAAAAAUGACCCACGUGCUGUUCUGUGUCUGUUGUUACAACGCUUGAUCAAAACCAUUCAGUUUGUCCUAGCUUAGUGUGACUGCAUCAGUCCAAUGUCAAGUCAGAUUCCUUUUUGUUUUAUUUGUGCAAUAAUAACAAUGUGGAGCAACAAACAAGAACAAGGGAGACUUAUUUUUGCCACGAGUCCAUACUAAACAUCAUCUGAUAUGUAAAUAUUAUUUAUCCCAAAGUUGGUCAUACUGCGUUAGGGUAGCAUCUCAAACCUCAAAAAGAGACAUUUCACAGGAGUAACACCAGUGUGUUCUCCAUAUGUAUUUAUCUCAUGGCUUUA